UCGCAGCAUGAGCUUUUUUGAUUUCCUUAGCCGUGCGAUCGUUUUCCCACCUUUUCAAGUGGUCUGUUAAACCGUGCAUAAUCUUGGGUGGUUUUCAUUGUAAAUUUAGGAUCUUUCGAUCACCUUCUCGACCUUUGGUGACCUGCGGAAUAUUUGCUCUUUUUUCCUUGUUUGUUUGUACGUUGUCUCUCGUUGGAGGGAAGACGGUCCGCCAUCCUAAGCUUGUUUUUCUUCCUCACGUCGGCGUUGACCGAGGCCUUCCAAGCCUUGCGCCGAAAAUGACGACGACGACGACGGGACGGGACGGGACGCGUGCCGUUGUUGUCGGCUCUCUUUCCACCGCGAAUCCGAGCUUGCUCGUUUCCUCUGCGAUGAUGUGAGCGAUGACCUCCGUCACCUCCUUUCUCACAUCUUCGCUGGCGUUCGGUAAACGGAGAUUGUAUCUCUCGGCCUCUUCUUGCUUCUCCUGAAGUUUGAAGUUUCCUGACCUGUCUGUCUACUGUUGCCUUCGAUUGAAUGUCAAGGCUCUUCACAUUGUCCUUCACUUCACUUCAAUGAUCUUAAUCACCAUUUCUUCAAACUCGGCGAAGCGGUCAUUCAAAGCACGAAUAGCUCUGAACAUGUCGGCAUUGGAAACAACAGCUUCUUUCAUCUCUGUAGCUUCAGUGCGGGUCUUCUUUGAGGAAGAGGUGAGGUGUGCAUGAACUUGGGAAAGAAACAUCCGCCUCCAUAUCCGUAACCAGUCAGACCUUUUUUCUUGCUUCUUUUCUGGCCAUUUUCAUCCAUUGGUCUCGUUUCUGCAUCCCGACCAACUUUUAUUCGUAGCUUAGCUCGCGGCCUCGAGGACAAAGUGAGAAAAAAAGCUUUCCUCUAAGUAUUGCCUGGAAAAACGCCCCACAAACCGUACCCAACCCAGUAUCUUGUAGUCUUGCUGCAAUAAUACCCGAGCUCAAAAGAAAGCAUCCAUCGUGGUCGCCAUCUUGUCCAAAAAAACCCCAACAACUUCUGUCGCAAGGGGAGCACGCGUUGUGCUACGUGACGUCAUCACCGGACGUCUGCGGCCUACGUCAAAUGGAACGGCAACCUUGUCACGCUACAUUUUUUCAUUAAUAUUUCAAAACAUUUCAGACAACAUUUGGGGGGAGGCUUGCGGAGUACGCACUGUGCUUCGUGACUUCGUUUCCAAAAACUACAACACACUAUUUAUAGUUUUAUAUUAAAUAUACUAUUGUAUAGCAUCAACCGAUCGUUUAAUUAGUGGCUAAAAUAAUAAUAAUAAUUCAAAGGUAGCAAAUUUUUGGAGCGUCCCGACGGCGUCACUUCCACUUCCCUACGUCACUUCCUCCCUGGCCGACUUCCAGGCUCGAGCUGUCACUCGUACGCCGGGAGAGUCGAAGGGCGUCCGGGCUGCCGGCACACAGGCGAGCCGCUCCGUUCCGCAGCGUUUCUGGAGGAUCUGAUUGGAGGAAGGCACCACUUGUUGUCCACCAUCAUUAUUGCGAUCUUAAGGAGCCUCAUCUUUUUUGGCGGGAUCGAGCACCAUCACCAUCAUCAUCGUCAGCGGUAGCGCUGUUGCCGCCACGCGCGUGCCAGCUUCAGAAGGACUACGACGCUACUAAUGCAUCGAUUAAGGACUUGCGCGGCGCGCUUGCGUCCGCUCGCUGCCUCGCAGGCGGCUCAGACUGUGGUUCCGCCGCGGCCGCCGGCCGCCGCCGGCCUCUCGGGCACAAGGACGUUGGGGCCCAUCAGGCGCUACACGGCGCCCGUGGCCUCGGAGCCCUUCCUGAACGGGACCAGUUCCAACUAUGUGGAGGAGAUGUACUUCGCCUGGCUGGAGAACCCGAAGAGUGUUCACAAGUCAUGGGAUGUGUUUUUCCGCAACGCUAACGCCGGCGCCCCGCCCGGUGCCGCCUAUCAGUCCCCCCUGGGCCUGUCCGAAGCCCCUCAGAUCUCGUCCCUGGUGGGAGCGCAGCCCAACGUAGAGAAGCUGGUGGAGGACCACCUGGCCGUGCAGUCCCUCAUACGUGCCUAUCAGGUAAUGGGUCAUCACAAUGCCCACUUGGACCCGCUGGGCAUCAGCUGUGUGAAUUUUGAUGACGCGCCGGUCAAUAGCGGCUUCCAGGACGUUGACGCAGUCAAGGAUCGGCUGAAACUCCUCACGGUCGGAGGCUUCUACGGGCUGGACGAGUCGGACCUGGAGAAGGUCUUCAGGCUCCCCACCACCACCUUCAUCGGAGGUUCCGAGAGUGCUCUGCCCUUGAAGGAGAUCAUACGACGACUGGAGAUGGCGUACUGUCAGCACAUCGGCGUCGAGUUCAUGUUCAUCAACGACCUGGAGCAGUGUCAGUGGAUCCGGCAAAAGUUCGAGACGCCGGGCGUGAUGCAGUUCACCCUGGAGGAGAAGAGAACUCUGCUGGCCCGCAUGGUCCGAUCCACCAGAUUCGAGGAGUUCCUGCAGAAGAAGUGGUCGGCUGAGAAGCGAUUUGGCCUGGAGGGAUGCGAGUCUCUCAUCCCGGCUCUGAAGACCAUCAUCGACAUGUCGUCCGGAAGCGGGGUGGAGUACGUCAUCAUGGGCAUGCCUCACAGAGGUCGUCUUAAUGUUUUGGCCAACGUGAUCCGCAAAGAACUGGAGCAGAUCUUUUGUCAGUUUGACUCCAAACUGGAGGCGGCAGACGAGGGUUCCGGGGACGUCAAGUACCACCUGGGCAUGUACCACCGCAGGAUUAACCGCGUGACUGACCGCAACAUCACCUUGUCCCUGGUGGCCAACCCGUCGCACCUGGAGGCGGCCGACCCCGUGGUGCAGGGGAAGACCAAGGCCGAGCAGUUCUACUGCGGGGAUAACGACGGGAACCGGGUGAUGUCAAUCCUCAUCCACGGGGACGCCGCGUUCGCCGGUCAGGGAAUCGUCUACGAGACCUUCCAUCUCUCCGACCUGCCGUCGUACACCACGCACGGCACCGUGCACGUGGUGGUCAAUAACCAGAUCGGCUUCACCACGGACCCGCGGAUGGCUCGCUCGUCGCCGUACCCGACGGACGUGGCGCGCGUGGUCAACGCUCCCAUCUUCCACGUCAACGCCGACGACCCGGAGGCCGUCAUCUACGUGUGCAAGGUGGCGGCCGAGUGGCGGGCCGCCUUCCACAAGGACGUGGUGGUGGACCUGGUGUGCUACCGGCGCAUGGGCCACAACGAGAUGGACGAGCCCAUGUUCACGCAACCGCUGAUGUACAAGCAGAUCAAGAAGCAGAAGCCCGUCCUGCUCAAGUACGCCGAGAAGCUCAUCGCCGACGGAAGCGUCAGCCGGCAGGAGUACGAGGAGGAGAUCGCCAAAUACGACAAGAUCUGCGAGGAGGCCCACGCUCGCUCCAAGGAUGAGAAGAUUCUGCACAUCAAGCACUGGCUGGACUCUCCGUGGCCCGGUUUCUUCACGCUGGACGGACAGCCCAAGUCCAUGAGCUGCCCCUCGACCGGACUGACGGAGGAAAACCUGGACCACAUUGGACGAGUGGCCUCCUCCGUCCCCGUGGAGGACUUCACCAUCCACGGAGGUCUGAGCCGCAUCCUGAAGAGUCGCGCCGAGAUGGUCCGUAAGAGGACGGUGGACUGGGCCCUGGCCGAGUACAUGGCCUUCGGGUCUCUGCUCCAGGAAGGCAUCCACGUGCGUCUGUCGGGGCAGGACGUGGAGCGAGGGACCUUCAGCCACCGCCACCACGUCCUCCACGAUCAGAAUGUGGACAAGAGGAUCUGCAUCCCCAUGAACCACCUGGCCCCGGACCAGGCACCGUACACCGUCUGCAACAGCUCCCUGUCGGAGUACGGCGUCCUCGGUUUUGAGCUCGGUUUCGCCAUGGCGAGUCCCAACGCGCUGAUCCUGUGGGAGGCGCAGUUCGGCGACUUCCACAACACCGCGCAGUGCAUCAUCGACCAGUUCAUUUGUCCCGGCCAGGCCAAGUGGGUCCGGCAGAACGGCAUCGUGCUCCUGCUGCCGCACGGCAUGGAAGGCAUGGGGCCCGAACAUUCUUCCGCUCGCCCGGAGAGGUUCCUCCAGAUGUGCAACGACGACCCGGACGUCAUGCCGACGUUGACGGACGACUUUGCCGUGCGUCAGUUGUAUGACUGCAACUGGAUUGUCGUCAACUGCUCCAGUCCUGGCAAUUAUUUCCACGUGAUUCGACGACAGAUCCUGCUGCCGUUCAGGAAGCCGCUGAUCGUGUUCACCCCCAAGUCGCUGCUGCGCCACCCAGAGGCCAGGUCCAGUUUUGAUGAGAUGCUGCCAGAAAGCGAGUUCCAGAGGCUGAUCCCCGAGGACGGCGUGGCGUCCCAGGUCCCUGACGAGGUCAAGAGGGUGAUCUUCUGCACGGGCAAAGUUUACUACGAGCUCACCAAGGAGAGGAAGAACCGCGGGAUGGACCAAACGGUGGCCAUCGCCCGCAUCGAGCAGUUGUCGCCGUUCCCGUUCGACCGAGUGAAGGCGGAGUCUGAGCGAUUCGCCAACGCCGACGUGGUGUGGUGCCAGGAGGAGCACAAGAACCAGGGUUACUACGACUACGUCAAGCCUCGCAUCAGGACCACCAUCCAGAGGGCCAAACCCGUGUGGUACGCUGGUCGCGGCCCCGCCGCGGCGCCGGCCACGGGCAACAAGAACACUCACCUUCUGGAGCUUCGGCGUUUCCUGGACCAAGCUUUCGGUCUGGACGCCUUCCAGGACCAGCAGUAGACCUCCUGAAGAUCCCUCAUGACCCGACCCUGCGGCAGAUGGAACGAACCCUAACCUUUGACCCACACACACACACACACACACACACACACACACACCAAAAGUGCAAGACUCCAAACGUUGAUUUUUCUUUUCUGAGUUUGCUAAUUGGAAGUGACUUUGAUUGUUUGACAGGAUCUUCCUUCCCCGCAGCGCCGCGCCGCCAACAGGCCGCCAGUGACAACACUGAUUCGACUGAUUUUAAAACUUUCUUUUCCCCUUUCCCCAGUCGUCUCCUUUGCAAAAGUGUGAGAAGCGUCGUCACACUUUUAAGAACGAGCGUCGGGCUUCUUGUGGGCGCACAAAACCAAAAAGAGGAAAUCCCAAAAAGUUUGGUUUGAUCAAAGAUGAAAGCAAAGAAGCCGGCUGGAGACUUCUUCGUAUUCGUUAGCAUUGUUAGCAGCGCUGCGCGGCUGGAGAUGGUUUUGUGGCGAGCGUGAGUGCCAAAGGAGACUUGAGCUUCGACACGAACCCGAGAAGAAAAAGAUCUUGUAUUUAUUUUCCGAGAGGGGAGCCGCCAAGUUCUCCUUCUGGUUUUGCUUCAUUCAAUAAAGAUUUCUUGAUGUA